AUGAACAUGAUGCUGAGCUACGCCUGUAGGAGCUACGCCUGUAGGAGCUACGCCUAUAGGAGCUACGCCUGUAGGAGCUACGCCUGUAGGAGCUACGCCUAUAGGAGCUACGCCUGCAGGAGCUACGACUGUAGGAGCUACGCCUGUAGGAGCUACGCCUAUAGGAGCUACGCCUGUAGGAGCUACGCCUAUAGGAGCUACGCCUGCAGGAGCUACGCCUGUAGGAGCUACGCCUGUAGGAGCUACGCCUAUAGGAGCUACGCCUGUAGGAGCUACGCCUAUAGGAGCUACGCCUGUAGGAGCUACGCCUAUAGGAGCUACGCCUGUAGGAACUACGCCAAUAGGAGCUACGCCUGUUGGAGCUAUGCCUGUAGGAGCUACGCCUGUAGGAGCUACGCCUGUAGGAGCCUUGUUUACUGGAACAACUAG